AUGCCUGGCAAGUCUGUCAAACGGGUUGCAAUCAAUUCACUGCACAAGCUACUCGGCUGGCAUCGUCAGGAGAUAGAUACAUCCCUUCAACUCCUCAAUUCAAUUCGAUAUCAAGUCUACACACUUUGGCUCUUUUGCUUCAAUGACCUCAAAACCAUGGUCUUUCCAAGUAUUGCCUUUGCAUACUUCCACUCAAGCCAACUACAUUAUACCACAUUCCUCUCUCGUCUCCCUCUCAUGUUUGCCUACACUUGGUUCAACCUCCUCGGCUUCACAGUCAACAACCAGCGACAUCCAGGCUCAGUAGCUGAAGACAAGCUGAACAAGCCCUGGCGACCCAUUGCAGCUGGCCGCCUGACUCCAUCACAAGCUCACACCUUGGGUCUAUUAUCCAUUCCAACCGCCAUGGCCAUUAGCGCUUUCGUCGGGGGUGGCGUAGUCCAGAGCGCCCUCCUAGCAAUCUUCGGAACUAUCUAUAACGACUUUGGGGGCGGUGAUGGCCACUGGCUUAUUCGGAAUUUACUCAAUGCCGCCGGGUUUACAUCUUUUGCCUCGGGGACACUCGAAGUCGCUCUGCAGACAUCACUCCCGCGAUCGAUCAUCCCCUGGAUCUUCUUGAUCGCUCUGGUCGUCGGGACCAGCGUUCAUGUUCAAGAUAUGUACGAUCAACCCGGUGACGCUGCGGCGGGUCGCCGUACAUUGCCGUUAGUGAUCGGCGAUGACAUGGCUCGGUGGAGUAUCGCUGGUGUGGUGACAGCAUGGAGUAUCUUAUGUCCGCUCUACUGGUCCUCUAAUAUGGUCGGAUAUUUAAUUCCAUUGGGGCUGGGAAUUUGGGUAAGUUGGCGCUCGCUGACGAGACGGACGGUCAAGGAAGACCGAACCACAUUCCGGAUUUACAAUGCAUGGCUUGUUGCCUUGUAUGCGCUACCGAUGACCUAUCAAUGCACGAUCUCUGUAUAA